GCAGCCAUCAUGUCCACCAGCAACGAGAGCCAGCGCGCCGCAGCGCUCGAAGCAGCGAGGACGCUGCAAACUACUCUACACAACGCCCGCCUUCACAUCCUCGAAGCGCGCUCCCAAUUCGACUCUAAACGGUUCGACGACAUCGCAGACUGGCCAGGGCUCCUCGAACCCGGCGGUGCGCCGAUUAAGGAUCCAGCAAUCAUCGCCGGGGAUGUGGCUGCACAGACAAGCUUCCUCAACAAACUCAAGUUCCAAUAUCUCGAACAGAAUGCGAAGGACAAGUACGUGAAGACGAUCGUGAGCGACGACCCACAGCCGGUGACCGCGCAUGAUAAGGAGGAGCUGCGCGCGAGCAACGAGAAGAAGAAGAAGGUGCUCAAGGCGGCGAAGGUGAAGCUGGCGGAGAAGUACAAGGACAUCCGGAACCUCGCCCCGUUCGUCGAGGAGGACUACCAAAAAGCCAAAUCUCUGACCGACGAAGCCGCCUCCCUCUCACAAAAGAUCGUCGACGCGCGCCUCGCGCUCACCCGCCUGCGUCAGGCGCACCCGCACCCGCGCCUGACGCUCACCUCCGCGCAGGCACAGCUUGAUGAGCAGGUUAUGCAGAUGCAGGUGUCGGACGCGGAGCUGCAGGGCCUCGGCGAGCAGGUCGCGCGCGUGAAGGAGCGUGUGAAGGAGGGCGCGCGCGAGCUCGAGGGACUGCGGGCGCGGCGCGCGGAGGUGGAGAAGGAGGUGAAGGCGGUGAAGGUGGAGGUGGAGGACGAGCGCGUCGCGCCGCUGUACGAGUGGUUCACGGCGUCCCUGGCGUUCAUGCACUCCAUCACUGGGCUCGCUUCCAAGCACAGCGUGUCCGAGAACGAGCUGCGCCUCACGUACUUCGUCGACGCCGCGCCGGGCGACAACCGCCAGGUGACGGUCACGCUGCUGUUCGUACCCAACACGCGGCAGCUCGCGGACGUGCAUGUGGAAGGCGUCAGCGAAGAUGACCUCGGCGACCUCAUCGACUCGCAUAUACAGGCGAACGACGCGCCGGGGCUGAUUGCUGCCGUGUUGGCCAGAUCGAGGUUAAAGUGA